GAAAAGAAAAUAUGCUAAAUCCUGCACACCGCCUAAAAAAGUGCUAUUGCUACAUUCCCUUCUUUAACACCGAGCGUGUGUCGUAAAGACUCGUACGAAAGUGCAUUUUUGCUGAUUUGAACGCAAUGGGUUCCGGUGGCUGCGAGGACGUAGGAGCUCCGACGGCUAUGGCUUUGGGUUGCUACGAUGGCGUACCCGCUACCACUCCGAAUAUGGAAAAUAAUUGUUCUAAUUCUAGUGUGUAUGAUCAUCAUUAUAACAGUAUGAGUUCCAGCAUGGCUACAUCCAGCUCAAUCCCCAUUGAUUCCUCUAAUAUUGGUUUUCGGUUGCUAAAGAAGCACGGUUGGAAAGAAGGAACCGGACUGGGGAUUGCCGGACAGGGUAGGCUGGAACCUGUAGAAGCACAUGUUAACAAGAAUAAGCUAGGUUUGGGAGCAGAGAAAGGAAAGAAAGCAAGUGCGCCAGAAAAUAGCAAAAAGUACAGGAAGGAAGAUAAAAAUCUAAGGAAAAAAGCAGAAAUCUUUCCGGUGUUUUAUUUUCACGCUUUGGUCCACUGCUGCAAGCUUUCCUAAGCGACAUCUUUUGUGUCCAUUAUUCCUGGCUAUCUUAACUCAGAAGCAAGCAACUGGUUGGCUACACCUUCAUAUGUAUGCCGGUGAAAAAGAAAGUCACCAAAAAGAUGAAAAAACAGAUGGAGUUGGAGAAGCGCUUGCAAGAGCAGGAACUGGUGAAACAAUUCUACAGGGAAUUUUGGCCCGACAAUGUUUGAUGCAUAUAUUUUACAUCCUUCACAGCUGGCGUUCUCUAUCCUGAUCUUUACAUCGUUAAAUCAUCCCUCUCUGCGUUGUGGCAAUUUCUAUCCUGAUCUCUACCUUACUCUAUACAAUGUGAUGCAGAUCUUUCGGUUUUUAGAAGGCUGUUUGCUUUUUACAGAACUACUAAAAAUAGUGUAUAUAAAAACACCCACAGAGCCCUUUGACACUCUUUAGACGGAGCAUUUGAAAAUUGAAAUGGUUAGCUUAGUGUAUGGGUGGAUCCCUGGUCCUGGACCCGUUCAGAACCGGCCGGACUGGGACCCUUUUCCCCUAGAUUUGGGCUUAGGACUGGCGCCGGACCUCUCCCCUACCGGUCCGAUCCCGACAUGUUUUUUUCUUAUGCAUUUCAUGGCUUAGAAAUAUUUGAAAACGUAAUCUAUUUUAAGACGCCCUUAUUAGA